UCUUUUUCAUAUAUCUUUUUUUACCUUGAUAUUAUUAUCUGACAAAUUAAAAAAGAAUGGGCUCUAAAACUUUGGUUUACCUUGGUCUUUUACUUGCUGUUGUUCUUCUCAUAUGCUCAGAGGUAGCAGCCAAGGAGCAAGCAGUGAAUACUGUAGAAAACAAAAACGACGAUGCAAAAUACGGUAACUAUAAUGGAUAUCCAGGGAAUGGGGGCAACGGUGGCGGCCAUAAUGGCGGUUAUUACCAAGGCGGCGGCGGCGGCGGCGGUGGUAGUGGUGGGGGCUAUCACAAUGGUGGUGGUGGUGGUGGUGGUGGUGGUGGAGGUAGCUGGGGCAGUCAUCAUUGCUACCAUAGUUGCUGCCAGUGGAGCUACGGACACAAACAGUGUCUAAAGUGUUGUUCUUAUGCUGGGCAAACUGUAAUAACAGAAGCCAAACCUCACAACUAAUAGUACAACAUAUUCACAUCUAUGCGUCGGAAGCUUUGGCUUUUGUACCUAUGUAAAAGUUAUUAUGAAAGAAUAAAUAAAAAUCCUGAAUAAAGUCAUAUACAUGUUUAUUAUCC